AUGGACCUGACGGAUGGUGUUUAUGAUGACUCGGAGACCGUCCUCCCGGAUGCGGCCAUUGAAAUGCUGGACGCAUACCACAAACUCCUGAUCAACAGCCCGAAAAUUAUGAUCGCGGCUGUCAACGGACCCGGCAUUGGAUACGGAACCUCCAGCAUCGCACUCUUCGACCUGGUCUACGCAGUACCCGAGACCUACUUCUUCACUCCCUUUGUGAAAUGGGGCUUGUGUGCAGAAGCGUGCUCAAGUUUCACCUUUGCCAGCAUUCUUGGUCGCCAAAAGGCUUCGGCGCUUAUUCUCGCUGAUGAACGCAUGACACUCAUGACUGAGGUUUUGAAUGUGGCAGAGCGGAUUGCUAAGUUGCCGGCUGAGAGUCUGCAGGUCAACAAGGCUUUGAUGAUGGCCCCAUUCCGCAAACAGUUGCUGAAGGCAAAUGAGGUCGAGAUUACAACAUUGAGAAAGCGGGCCAGGAACCACGAGGCUAAAAACGCCAUCAAGACCUUCGCAGAGGGCCAGUACCGGAAGAGGAAAGUGAAGCUCAGGUCAAUGUUAUAG